UCCAUUUUUCUGAAGGGUAAUCACCAAACACUAAAUAUGGACCAUUUAAGUUUUAGCUGGUUCCGCAGCGACUACAGAAGAGAACAGCACAAGCCUGUGGAGAUCAAAAUUGAAAAUGGGAAGAAGCAAUAGAAAUAUUCCGGAGUUGCCAGUGCCAGUGCUGAAGCUGAUGGUGCCAGAUGGUAAUAAAAGCAUGCCAGUGAUAGGGUUAGGGACGGCUUCAUAUCCUUUUGCUUACAACGAAGCCACAAAAGAAGUCAUUCUCAAUGCAAUCAGAGCAGGCUACAGGCAUUUUGACACGGCUGCCGUUUACAGAACAGAGCAGAGUCUUGGGGAAGCCAUCUCCCAAGCCCUUUCUCUAGGCCUCAUCAAAUCCCGGGAUGAGCUUUUUAUCACUUCCAAGCUUUGGUGCACUGAUGCACACCCUGACCGUGUCCUGCCUGCCAUUCACAACACACUCAAGAAUCUAGGAUUGGAGUACCUUGAUCUGUAUCUGAUACAUUUUCCAGUGGGUUUGAAGAGAGCUGAAAGCUCUGAAUAUCCUUUUAAGAAAGAGGACCUUGUUGCCAUGGAUUUCAAGUCGGUGUGGGAAGGCAUGGAGGAGUGUCAGAAGCUUGGCCUCACCAAGUCCAUAGGUGUCAGCAACUUCUCAUGCAAGAAGCUAGAAAUCUUGCUUGCUACUGCAAAAAUCCCCCCUUCAGUCAACCAAGUGGAGAUGAACCCGCUGUGGCAGCAGAAAAAGCUAAGAGAGUUUUGUGAGACGAAGGGCAUAGUGAUCACAGCCUACUCUUCAUUGGGGGCAAAUGGAACACCUUGGGGGACAAAGGGAGUCAUGGAAUGCGAGGUGCUCAAACAGAUUGCGGAUGCAAAACGGAAAACCCUUGCACAGGUACAGGUUUGUCUGAGAUGGGUAUACGAGCAAGGGGUGAGUUUGGUGGUGAAGAGCUUCAAUAAGGACAGGAUCCAAGAAAAUAUUGGCAUAUUUGAUUGGGAGCUGAGUCCUCAGGAAGUGGAUAAGAUCAAUCAAAUUCCACAAAACAGAGGAUUUACGGCAAUCAACUUCAUUGCAGAUGAAGGUCCUUACAAGUCUGUUCACGAGUUUUGGGAUGGAGAGAUUUAAUCAUCAAAAUUCACCUAUCGAAUGUUGAGAGUUAAGCUGCAUACUAGCCUCGAAUCAAGCUGCAGAUGUUAAUCCUACAGAUUGACAGUGAGGAGGAUGAAGAAAUCGAAGGAGCUGAAGCAGGCACGGACCUUAGUGUAGCUUCACCUGGGCUACAGCCCGGGGGGCUUUAAUUUUUUUACAGUCCAAAGUAAAUUUUAGCCCGCCUACUCUUUAAAAAAAAUACCCACAUGUCUUGGGUUAGGGCAUAAAUAGAUAUGAUAUAUAGGUUAAAGGAAUAAAAAAAUAACAAAUGUUUGCCCUGGGCUUGGGUAGUAUAAAAAUAAACAAACUAUAUAUAAUUGUUUGUUGGUAAAGAAUACUAUAUAAUUUUAUUAUAAGAGAGAACUAAUGUUUUCGGUCAAAGGGAGAAAUAGAGCUGAUGAGAGAAAGUGUGUUUUUAA